CAUCCGCAAACAACUCAAAAUGCUAAUCUCGUCGUUGUUUUAGCCGCGUCAAUUUUUACCAUACCUGCAAACGCCGCGGAGAAGAAAUCGUAACGGGUAAUGUUGUACACUGACUUUUCACGCCCAUUCGUUGGAUAAGCGUCUCUUUAAAAAAAACGGUUGGACGAAGAAGCAAGUAAGGUUGCAGAGUCUUGUUGUUUAUGGAGGGAAUGGAAGAUGAAGGACCCUCAUCACAGGGUGAACCUCCACAUAUCGAAGAUGUGCAGCUGUCGGCAGAGGAGCUGAUGUAUUUGGAGAGCUCCGCCCCUCUAGAAAAUGCGUGCGAAUACAAGGAAGCGGUGCACAAGCUGACAGAGGGCUUACUUUCCCACUACUUGCCUGGCCUUCAGAACUCAAAACGUACUCUCCAAGAACUCACACAAAAUCAGCUCAUAUUGUUGGACACACUGGACCAAGAAGUCACCAAGUUCCGAGACUGCAACAGCUUACUUGACCUGAAUUCCCUGUUUACAGAGGCCAAGGUUUACCACAACAAACUGGUCAAUAUCAGGAAAGAGAUGAUUUUAAUCCAUGAAAGGACAACAAAAUUAAAGAAAAGAGCUUUAAAGCUGCAGCAGCACAAGCAGAAGGAGGCGCUGGAGAGGGAGCACCAGCGCGAGAAGGAGCUGGAGCGAGAGCGGCAGCUUAUUGCCAAACCUGCUAAAAGAACAUAAGCUCCUGUGGUAUGAUGGUUUUGCAUGUUUCCGCCCAUUUUCUACCAAAAUACAAUUUUACGUGCAACAGCAUUUAAGAAAACGUAGUAAGAGGCCAAAGUAUGAGUGUCAUUCAGUGGUUAUGACAGUCAUACAUUUUCUGGUUGCUAGUCUGCAACCACAAGAACACUUUAGAGGCCUUACACCGUCGAGUGAGUGAAUUUUUCAUCAAAUAUUUCGCCCCAAAAACUGUCGCAGCAUGAACACCUAUUUGUGUACAAGAGUGAGCAAUUCUUCAAAAGAGGCUUCAAGAUGAGAUAAGGUUAUUGUCCUACUAAAUUCAAAACAAAGAGAAGCUUUGCCCUCAGCAAGUUAAUACAAGAUGCCAUAGAUGGGCUAUUGCAUAGUGAUUUAAAGGCAGAUGGCACAUUAUAUGUAGACAGACAGUAUGACAAUACUCGGAGGCAUUUUUUCUUUCUCAACAGAGAAAAUUGAUCAUUAUUAUUAUUGCAGUUUACUGUGCUGUGUCACAAUAUGGAUUCAACUUGGAUCUCAAGGCAUCUCUGUCCACGUGCCGCAAAUACAGUAAUGGGAAUUUCACCGUUAAAGUUUGACCACUUGCAAAGAAAGUACCAGUCUCAAUUUUUACGUGUUUUAUUUAUUACAGUAAUAGACACUGUUAGUUAAAAUACAUUUCAAAAUAGUCUAAAAGUGAAACAGUAUUGGUCAUUUUAUUGGAUGCGGAAAGUGUGAUCCAGUACAACUCUGCUAGAAUUCUGGCUCCCACAGACUAACUGCUCACGUAGCUUGCAGCUGUGCACAAAGUAAAAACAACAUUCCUUAACUUUUAUACUGCUUUUAUUAAUCCACAGUUUUCUUAAUACCAAAAUAAAUAGCAGUAAAAGUCAAAGGCUCAUCAUUUCUUGUGAUAGUCUAAGUACAAAUACUAAUGUCAAAAUAUUCCCCCUACUGUGCACUUCUUCUCAUUUCAGUUUCAUUAGUCCUCUAAGACGCAAAUCUAGUCUGAAUUCCCGAAACAAGAAACAUUCGUGAAUGAUCUUAAUUAACCGGUACAAUUUGUUGCUAUUUUUUGAAAGAGACAGUUUUACAUAAAUUGUAUUCCAACUGCCGAGCUGACAGGUGUCUUUUCCCUUUUUUUUUUUUUUUUUAAAGAUACUUGUGUUACAAUCACAAAUCUUGUCAAAUGAGUGGUUCCUGGUAAAAUGAUUGUUUGUUUUUUUAAGUCUAAAGUUUCAUAAACAGGAGAUAUCCCGUCUGCUCAUGUGAAAUGCAUUACGAUGUAAAUGUGCUCCAACAUGCAAAACAGUGCGAUUAUUUAUACCGGUGAGGCUUAAACCAAAGAUGGCGAGUUCCCUAUUGUUGGUACUUUCAGAUGUUAAACUCUGCAUUCAAGCAUAAUCCUGUUUGCUUUCAUUGUUGUUGAAAUAGUGUCUAUAGAAUUGCUACUGGGCAUUGAACCCGUCAGUUGUUUCACGUUAUAAAGUCUGUUUAAAAAGCA